CCCGCGGCCUCCGCGCCCCGCCCUGCACGCUCGGACUGGCUCGGCGGCUGCUGCGGGCUGGCGGGCGGGCGGGUACGCGGAGGGCCGGUGGCCCGCAGCAGGUGGGCGGGGUGCGGUUAGCUGCGGCGGCUGGGCCUGGGGCUGCCGGCUGCGCUCGGCCCGUGCGCGGCGGCCCUGCAGGCGCACCAUGGACUUCAACAUGAAGAAGCUGGCGUCGGACGCGGGCAUCUUCUUCACCCGGGCCGUGCAGUUCACGGAGGAGAAGUUUGGCCAGGCUGAGAAGACUGAGCUUGAUGCCCACUUUGAAAACCUUCUGGCCCGGGCAGACAGCACCAAGAACUGGACAGAGAAGAUCUUGAGGCAGACAGAGGUGCUGCUGCAGCCCAACCCCAGUGCCCGAGUGGAGGAGUUCCUGUAUGAGAAGCUGGACAGGAAGGUCCCCUCAAGGGUCACCAACGGGGAGCUGCUGGCUCAGUACAUGGCAGACGCGGCCAGUGAGCUGGGGCCGACCACCCCCUAUGGGAAGACACUGAUCAAGGUGGCAGAAGCCGAAAAGCAACUGGGAGCUGCGGAGAGGGAUUUUAUCCACACGGCCUCCAUCAGCUUCCUCACACCCUUGCGCAACUUCCUGGAGGGGGACUGGAAGACCAUCUCGAAGGAGAGGCGGCUCCUCCAAAACCGGCGUCUGGACUUGGAUGCCUGCAAAGCGAGGCUGAAGAAGGCCAAGGCUGCAGAAGCCAAAGCCACGUGUGAGGGAGAUACGGUGCCUGACUUUCAGGAGACUAGACCUCGUAAUUACAUUCUCUCGGCCAGCGCCUCCGCGGGCACAGGCUCUAGGGUCCAGCUGUCCUCCUCUCCCCUCUCCUGCUGGCCACUCCUGCUGCCGUCUCCACAGCUCUGGAAUGAUGAGGUGGACAAGGCCGAGCAGGAGCUCCGCGUGGCCCAGACAGAGUUUGACCGGCAAGCAGAAGUGACUCGUCUCUUGCUGGAGGGAAUCAGCAGCACUCAUGUGAAUCACCUGCGCUGCCUCCAUGAGUUCGUCAAGUCUCAGACAACCUACUACGCACAGUGCUACCGCCACAUGCUGGACUUGCAGAAGCAGCUGGGCAGCUCCCAGGGUGCCAUAUUUCCAGGCACCUUCGUGGGCACCACAGAGCCUGCCUCCCCACCCUUGAGCAGCACCUCACCCACCACCGCUGCGGCCACUAUGCCUGUGGUGCCCUCUGUGGCCAGCCUGGCCCCUCCGGGGGAGGCCUCGCUCUGCCUGGAAGAGGUGGCCCCUCCUGCCAGUGGCACCCGCAAAGCUCGGGUGCUCUAUGACUACGAGGCGGCCGACAGCAGUGAGCUGGCCCUGCUGGCUGAUGAGCUCAUCACUGUCUACAGCCUGCCUGGCAUGGACCCUGACUGGCUCAUUGGCGAGAGAGGCAACAAGAAGGGCAAAGUCCCUGUCACCUACUUGGAACUGCUCAGCUAGGCAGGUCCCCCCACCCCCCACAUUCUGGCCUGGGCAGGAGAGGAUGGGUGUAGCCCUGCCACUUACCUGGUUUGUUGGUGACACUGCUGUUCAGAGUGGGGAGAAUUCACCCAUUCUGUCCCUGCUCCUGGUCACCUAGCUGUGAGGGUGCCUGAGGCCGAAUGGCCCCGCCCUCCCCCAGCCCUGCUUCUGACCUGUGGCUCUGGAGCCCCUGCCCCUGCCUGCAUCCCUGAGCGCCCCACCCUCCCGGCUUCACUAAGGAGGGAGGGGCUGUCUGAAGCAGCUGCACUCAGCACCUAGGCCAGGGUGGGGCCGCAGAUGGGCUCAGGAAGCCCCAGGUGCACUCAGUGAGAGCCCUGCCUUUCAGUUGCCAAAAGCUGCAUGGGGGAAUGCAGCAAGGCACACAGGGCUCUGGCAGCCCCUGGGGACUGGGCGCUGCCCCUGGGAGGGGAGAGCCUGGCCAGGGCUGGUGUUGGGCCCGGAGCAGCAUCUUCCGGUGCUAUCCUCCCCUCCCACCCCUCACAGCUCAAGCCAAGUCCAGCGGCCGCAGCCUCCACCUCUCCACACUCACUUUUUAUCUGGUGUUUUUACUUCUGCCUGCGUUUGCUCUCUAGCCAAUAAACCCUCCUUGUGUGCGAGUCA